AUGGGGAUUAGCAAAGCUGCCUUUCUCCUUCUCUUCUUUCUCAGCUCAGUGCAAGGAAGCAUUCUAGACCGCUAUGUGAGAACAGAGGGAGCUUGGUUGCUCAACCCAAUGAAGCAAGUUUAUAGAGCAAAUAGUGAGGAAGAAUGUGCAGAGAAAUGUGAAAAUGAAGAAAAGUUUGCCUGCAGGGCCUUCUUAUUUACCAGUAAGGACCAACAGUGUUUAACAUUGACAGAGAACACCAAAACAGCAAUGAUAUUCAGAAGAGCAAAUGCAGUUCUUUACGAAAAAAGAAUUUAUCUUCUAGAAUGCAAGGAGGGAAAAGGAGUGGAUUACAGAGGAACAGAAGCCAAAACUCAGAAGGGUGUGCAGUGCCAAAAGUGGGCUGAUAAUUCCCCACAUAAACCAAAUUACACACCUGAAAAAUAUCCCAGAGCAGGACUGGAGGAAAACUACUGCAGAAAUCCUGAUGCAGAUGAAAAGGGACCCUGGUGUUACACAACAGAUCCUGAUACCAGAUUUGACUACUGUAACAUCCCUGAGUGUGAAGUAGAGUGCAUGCACUGCAGUGGAGAAAACUACCGUGGAGUAGUUGCAACAACAACAUCUGGGCUUGAGUGCCAGCGCUGGGACUCCCAGGAACCUCACUCCCAUGGAUACCUCCCGGAAAAUUUUCCAGAGAAGGAUCUGAAGAAUAAUUAUUGUCGUAAUCCUGAUGGAGAACCUCGGCCCUGGUGUUUCACUACCAGUCCAACUAAACGCUGGGAAUAUUGUGACAUUCCUCGUUGCACAACACCCCCACCACCUCCUGCACCAGGACGCCAGUGUCUCUCAGGAAGAGGAGAAGACUAUCGAGGCACAAUAUCUGUUACUGAGUCAGGAAAUACCUGUCAGCACUGGAGCUCUCAGUCUCCCCACAGACACGCUCGCACUCCUGAAAACUAUCCCUGCCAGGGCCUAGAUGAAAACUACUGCAGAAAUCCUGAUGGUGAGAAGAGGCCGUGGUGUUACACCACCAACACAACUGCCCGGUGGGAAUAUUGCAACGUCCCCUCCUGUGAUAGUGCCAAGCCAGAGGCCCCUGCUGUUGAUGUGCCUGAGCAGGCUGAAGUCACUGAGGAGUGCUAUCGGGGCAAUGGGGUGACUUACCGUGGUACAGCUUCUUUCACUCGCACGGGAAAGAAGUGCCAAGCCUGGAGCUCCAUGUCACCUCACCGGCACAACAAAACGGCAGAGAACUUCCCCAAUGCGGGCCUGAGCCAAAACUACUGCAGAAACCCGGAUGCCGACAGCCGUCCAUGGUGCUACACCACCAACCCCAGGGUGAGGUGGGAAUACUGUGACCUGAAGAAGUGUGAUGACCAAGGGCCAGAGACUGUACCUAAGCCUCCUCAGACAACACCAGAAAGAAACCCUGAGUGCAUUAUUGAAAAUGGUGUAGACUACCGUGGCACAGUGGCAAAAACUGCAAGAGGCAGGACUUGUCAAGAUUGGAGUUCUCAGAGACCUCAUAGCCAUGACUAUUUCACUCCCACAACUCAUCCAAGAGCAGGCCUGGAAAAAAAUUAUUGCAGGAAUCCUGAUGGAGAUGUGAAUGGACCUUGGUGCUACACAACAGACCCAAGAAAAGCCUGGGAGUACUGUGACAUUCCCAAGUGCCCUCCUCCUCAGUAUGAAUGUGGGAAAUCCAAGUUCAGACCAAAACUGUGUGCUCAAAGGAUUGUUGCAGGGUGUGUUUCACAUCCACACUCCUGGCCCUGGCAGAUCAGCCUCCGUACCAGUUAUGGAAUGCAUUUCUGUGGGGGAACUCUGAUAGAUCCUCAGUGGGUUCUUACUGCUGCUCACUGCUUAGAAAAGUCCUCACGACCAGCUGCAUAUAAAGUAUACCUUGGAUUACACAGAGAAGAAGCAACAGAGCCAUCAGUACAAAUUCGUGAUGUAGAGAAGCUGAUCAAGGAGCCACGCAGAGCAGAUAUUGCUCUGCUCAAAUUGAGCAGACCAGCUGUCAUUAAUAAUCAUGUAAUCCCAGUUUGUUUACCAAAAGAAAACUCUGUGUUAGGAGGAAGAGAGGAGUGUUAUGUGACAGGCUGGGGAGACACAAAAGGUACCUCUGGUGGGGGCUACUUAAAGGAAACUGGCUUUCCUGUAAUCGAGAAUAAAAUAUGCAACCGCCCUGAAUUUUUGAAUGGUAGAGUUAAAAAGCACGAACUCUGUGCUGGGAAUAUUCAUGGUGGCACAGAUACCUGCCAGGGGGACAGUGGAGGACCUCUGGUAUGUCUGGAUCAAGAUAAAUUUGUCCAACAUGGAGUCACCUCUUGGGGCCUUGGCUGUGCCCAACCCAUGAAACCUGGUGUUUAUGUUCGAGUCUCCAACUAUAUUCCUUGGAUUAAAAGUGUGAUGGAAAACAACUGAUCCUGGGUAUGGACUGCCCUCUCCUGGAAAGCAGCAUGCACGGCAGAAAUACAAGAUUCCAAGUGCAAUAUUAAAGCUACAAUCAUUCAUAAGAAAGCAAAACAAAUAUGAUCAUCCAUUUUAAAUUGCUAUAAAUUAGUAGUCGUUGCCAAGAAGCCCAGCUGCCAGUCUGUUACCCUCUUUCUAUAUGUUCUAUAGUUUGUUUGCUAUGUCUGACAAUAGACUCUGAAAUACAUGUUGAAAAUUCCAACCUUAACUGUAACUGGACACUUGCAUUUUAAAUUUUUUUUAGCUCUGCAAUGACAUUUUCUUUUAAGGUCAUCAUUUUCAAGAUGUUCUGCUUCUAACAUAUGAAGAAAUGAGAAUACUUUUUAUUUUCUAUGAGUUGUCUGAACCUAUUAUCAAUUUGAUGCUACAAACCAAAGAAGAAUCUCAUAGUACAUAUCUUAUACGCCUGUGAAGUUUUAUUAGAUAUACCUGAUAGCAUUAAAUACAUGGGAUGGGAAAAAAAAGGAAGGAAACACAUUUGGUUUGUGUUUUUGUAUUUUUUAUCAUCAUGGAAAUACAUGUGUCACAAAAGAAUAAAUGUUGUAUCAAAGAUAUAAAACAGUGAAUAAAAAAACAGCCUCACCCUGAAGUUAGUCCCUAGUAAAGAAAAUAAAAUAGCUGUCAAUAGGUACCACAAAUAGUGACAAUGCAUCUACAUAUUAUAAAAUUGUGUACCCAUAGUACCCUUAUUUCUUUGUAUAACAUUAUCUGACUACAUAAUUGUUAGAUGUACAUUUUUCUCCUCUAAAAGAAGAUGAUGUAUACAUGUGGUUAUAGGGAGUCUAAGCUUAUACCUUUCAAAAUUCUUUCCAGGGAAAGCUUGACUGGUACUUGCCAAAGUGAAACAAUUGCUGACUAUGAACUCCUGCUCACAUCCUGCCUCUGGCAGAUAAAGCAGGGAGCUCCCCACAGGCAUCUGGAGACCCCCAGCUCUGCACAGAGUCCUUCUGGCAUCCCCAGGGUGUGCUGAGGCUGUUCCAAGUAACACAGCUUCUUCCUGGGGUGGGAUUUGUCCUGUCCAUUUUCCCCACUCCCAGACAAGCCAAACUGCACGUCAUUUUAAAAUUUACUUUAUUUUUUUUUGUAAGCUUGCACAUGCAGAAGGGAUAUGUUGCAUCCUAGGAGUUUUGGUUUGGUUUGGUUUUUUUCUCCCAGUGCCUUAAAGGGAGAUGAGAACUAUUAAGCAUAGUUAGGUAGCAGGGUGAUUUCUGAAGCUUCUACAUCUGGAGUCUGAUUCUGGGAGAUGAAAUAAUCUGAGGGCAUUGCCUUCCUGAGCAGGAGCAGCUCUGAUAAAGCACACACCACCCACCUGUCUGGUCAGAGGGAUCCACUGAGCACAAAUACCCUCCUGCAUAUUUCCCAUAUAUAUCCACUUUGGUCAUUAAGCCAGGCAAGAGAUUUGUACAGUUCUUCCCUGACAACAGAAAUUCUGUGUUGCAGCUUGGACUUUGAUUUGUUAAGUUCUUCAGAUGUGAACUCUUGAAGGCAUAGUUAAUACCUGGCUUAUAGACAGAGAAAGCAUUGGCCCUGCGCUCCUUGCCAAGCUGGAUAGAAAUGCCUGAAUAUGCCUGAGGGGCCACAGAAGUCCCACCUCAUAACGCUUCAAACAGUGCCAGUUGUGGUCUUUUCCUUCUGCAAGACUGUCAGGGGCAAUAAAAAUUGCCACUUUUUUUGGUAACCAUUUGCACAGACUGGAUAAAGUAACCCAGCACAUGUGGUGGCAGUGGCACAUUUGACCCAAAAUAGCACUUCCAUAUGUUUGUUGGUCCAAGAAACCUCUUUGCCAACAGGAAAACCACAGCUGGCUUUCUGAGGUCACAUUGUUUGCGUGCCUGUGGUGGUGGUAUGGUGACCCUUUGUCUCUUGUGUACCCCACUUCUGUCACUGUGCCUCUGGGGGACACAUGGGCAGGACAAUUAUAGCUGACAGGGUUCAGGCCAUCACUGAAGAGGUGUCUCUCACUGAGUGAGCUGGGUCACAAUGCCCAUUUUAGUGUCAACACGUGCAUCUUAGGAGAACACUGCUGUACCUCCUGAGAAGCUUGUAGGACUUUCCUGUAAAUAUUAAGCAGGCACAUAUGAAUUUAGAAUAACUUUUUUUUUAAACAAACAACCUGUCCUGUGGCCUGCAUGCCCACAUGCAUCGAGCUCCAUGCAGUUGGUUUUGCUUGGGGCUCUCUCACACUGAAGCUCAUCCUCUGGUACCACCACCUCAUCUGCCAUCUCU